AGCCAAUCUGCCUCCCUAUCCGUCAUAGGCUGCUCUCUUGGGGUCUAAUCAACUCUGCAGAGUGUUGCCUUUGUUCUUUUGACACCGAAACUAGAGACCAUUUUCUGCUUCUUUGUGAUUUUUCUUCUCAGGUUUGGCGGAUGGUUUUUCUCAAGUUGUACCUCUGUCAGCCGUUGUUCUGCACUUGGGCGGAGCUUUUCUCGUGGACAAGACAAUCUUCUCCAACGGUUCCUUCUCUCCUUAGGAAAGUGGUCGCUCAUCUUGUGGUGUACAACCUCUGGAGGAAGAGGAAUAAUGUCCUCCACAACUCUCAUCGGGUCUCUUUCUCUGUUGUCUUUCGUUUGAUUGAUGGUGAGCUGCGCAACGUCAUUUCUUCGAGGAGGCACAUGAAGCGUUGGCGAGAGCUUACGGUGUUUUGGAUCCGUUAGCUUUUCCUAAAUAUUUUCAAACUCUAUUGUAACCUUGUUUUUAUUUCUUUUUGUCUUGGUUACUUUGCUUUGGUAUUCUCUUUGUAUUACCUCUACUCAUUUUAUAUGAUAUUUACAAGUUUAGCAAAAAAAAAAAAAA